ACUCUGCGCCUCUCUCACUGCAACAUCCGGGAAACUCCAGCCCUCUCAAGUAACGCCAAGUGUUCGCAAACAGGCGGAAUUAAUUCAAACGAAAAAAUAACCAAAAAAAGCGAAAAGAAAGGAAUAUUUAGAGCCGGAUCAAGAGAAAGGAAUACAACUCGUACAUCGUCGUAUUUUUUUUCCUGAUAAAACUUCCGGGACGUUUUGACAUCAUGAGGAUUUUCAGUGCUGUGCUCUUGCUGGUUCACGCCUUGGUGGUGUCCAGAGGGGUCAGUGGAGCUGCGGUCGACAGGUAUGAGAGCGACCGGCAACGGCACACAGCUGUUAUCAACUUGGACACGACCAGAGGCAGGAGGGUGGAGGAGGAGAGCAGAAGCAUGAGUGCUACUACAGCGGAGUAUGGUCAGCAAGUCGACGAGGAGGAUUAUGAAGAUUAUUACGAUGAAGAAGAGUAUGAAGAUGGCAUGUCUGGGGACUAUGAUGAACUGCCACGAGUUGCAAUGGUAAGCAAACCAAAAGACCCGCUUGCCAUCCUGGAGACUGAAAACCCAGAAGGAAACAGAAGAAGAGGAAAGGGAAAAAGGAAGGGGAAAGGCAAGGGAAAGAAGAGGAAUCCUUGCCUGAAGAAGUAUAAAGAUUUCUGCAUUCACGGCACCUGCCAGUACCAUAGGAGCAUCCGCGCCCCAUCCUGUGUGUGCCACCAGAGUUACUCUGGGGAAAGGUGUCAGUUUUACACGUUGCCCGUGGAGAAGCCCCAGGAGGGCUACAACAGGACCACAGCUCUGGCGGUUGUGGCGGUUGUGCUGUCAUCUGUGUGCCUCACCAUCAUAGGCCUCUUAUUGUUGCUCAGGUUUCACAAGCGGGGAGCGUAUGAUGUAGAGAAUGAGGAGAAGGUCAAACUAGGGUUAGCUUCCAGCCACUGAAGAGACAAAGACAGGCAAAGAUGUGGAAAUUCUACCUCAAAAUAGAAAAGGAGAAGUGAACUGCGAAAGGAGGUCCUAGAGGGAAAAGGAUUGUACAUGAAGAAGGGAACUGAGGUUGUCGUCUGCCUUGACCCUAUGUAGACACUCAGAUGAACAAUGGGCAGAGGAACAUAUUCCUGAAGGCCUCAGAAGACGCUGGCCCAAACUGAAACUGGAAUACUAACGGCCCAGAGGACGGACUGGAGAUGUGAGCACGAAGGAACGAGAAGAAGGAACGUGUCUUGACUCUGUGCUGCUUCGUGACUGUGUGAGAAGAGGUCGCUUCAGACUGAACUGAGCAAGAUUUUUAACAAAAGCAUUUUGUAUUUUCAUGCACAAGUCCAUUUCUUUUUGUGUACAGUCAACGUUAUAUUUAUAAUUUUAAUUUAUUUAUUUAAGCUUACUGUAUUUAUAGAGACUUUAACCACCUUCAACCGUUUUGAAAAUAAUGAUGUUACAGUUGUUUUUUUAUAUUUCUUAUUGGACAAUAUUUAUUUAUGAAACAAAAAGCAAACAAUGCAGAAGCUCUUUGAGAUAUUCAGUAAAGAGAUAUGAUGCAUAAUCAUCUCAUAAAGGCUUUAAUUCACUCAGAUGAUCAAUUGCACUGUGAUUAUUACAUUGAUCGUUAAAUAGAGAAUCGUUUUUUUUAAUUAGUCAGGGUAGUUUCAUUAAGUGCAAGGAAAGCCCUGCUCACCCUGACACAGUUACACAUAUUUAUACCUGGACACUGCAAAGUGAAACUGGGUGGAUGAGUCAGCAACAAGGCAGCUCUGCCGUAGAAGUUGCUCAAAGGCACAUCAGCGGUGAUAGUAUAUAGGCUGGUUUUCCAGCCCACACGUUUAAGGAUCUUUAGUCCACCUUAGGCCUAGAUGUAUGCCUUAAUGUAAUAAGGCAAUGCGUUGCCCUGGCAUAUAUUGAUUACAGGCAAAUUAAAAACUGCACUUAGCGACUGAAUUGCAAAAAAAGCCUUUCAAAGAAAAUCAAAUAUCAGAUGCACUGUAACAGGAAUUUGGUAUAAAUAUGUUGUCAUGUUGUCUUACCAUCAUUUGAGGAGAAACUCCCUCAGAUCUAUGUUAAGCUGCCAAGCAAAGAAAAAUGUGAAUCAAAGUGUUCCACCCUUUCAAAUCUUGCAGUUUUGAAGUGAUUUUUAUUUAUGUGAUUUUUUUUCAGAUCAAAAUAAAGAGAAGGAUUA